CACUGGCGGGCGGGCUAAGACUACAUUUCCCAGGGUGCCGCAGGCCGCCGCCGAGGCGCCAUUUUCCGGUCUGUCGUGCUUCCGCUGCCUCUGCGCUGACACGGCCUUCCGUGGGGCAGGGACGAUGAAGCUCCUGGUUCUUGCUGUGUUUGCCCUGUUUUAUGUGGCCCGCUGUGAGGAAGGCGCCAGGCUCCUGGCCUCCAAAUCUCUGUUAAACAGAUAUGCAGUGGAGGGCAAGGACUUGACUUUGCAGUACAACAUCUACAAUGUUGGCUCCAGUGCUGCUUUAGAUGUGGAGCUGUCAGAUGAUUCUUUCCCCCCAGAAGAUUUUGGCAUCGUCUCUGGGAUGCUCAAUGUCAAGUGGGACAGGAUCGCUCCAGCAAGUAAUGUGUCCCACACUGUGGUUCUGCGGCCUCUCAAAGCUGGUUACUUCAACUUCACCUCUGCUACCAUCACAUACCUGGCACAGGAGGGUGGACAGGUUGUGGUUGGUUUCACUAGUGCUCCUGGGCAGGGAGGAAUCUUGGCUCAGCGUGAGUUUGACAGGAGGUUCUCCCCUCACUUUCUGGACUGGGCAGCUUUUGGUGUGAUGACCCUGCCCUCCAUUGGGAUCCCACUGCUGCUGUGGUACUCAAGCAAGAGAAAGUAUGACACCCCCAAAACCAAAAAGAACUGAGCAAAGUCAAAUGCCACCAGCACCCCAGAGCUCAGGAAAGAACAAACAUUAACCCACCCAGAACUGCAGGUGUGUUGGGAUCAGCAACAGUCCCCCCUGCAAAGCGCUGCCUGGGCUGUGCUUCAGCCCUGUUGGCAAGAGGGAAUCAAGUGCUUCAAUGGCAGUGAUGUGUUGUCUUCCACAUUUUUAAAAAGAAACAAGCAAACAAAAAAAAAACCCCAACCCCCUUGUCUGCAUAUUUGGAGCAGAGACCUGUCACUCCAUUGCAGACAUAGUGCCAGCACGUCUGUGAUGAUACGAAUGUGUUAACGUCCAGAGGAGCUUGCAGGGGGUGCAGCCCCGCAGUGUUUCUGAUAUCGGUGCUGCCUUUGGGGCUCCGUUGAGCCAAAUGGGUCUUUGCCUGCUGCAGUCCUCUCAAAUGUAUUAAAUCUCAGGGCCCCCCCCCUCUGAGUGCUGCCUGCCUUGCUGAAACAUUUGUGAGAAGCAGCUCUAUCUAGUGACAAAAACAGGUCUCCUUUUGAGAGAUGCUUCUUAGAGCUGCUGCUUUGCUAAGUGGGGCAUGGGAGGUCCCUGUAGAUGCUUGUUCUCUAGGAAGCCCCAUUGCAUUUUGCUGAGCAGUUAACUAACUGCUGUGUUUUUGUUCUUUCUGGUUGCUCUGUUAAGGGUUGAGGUACUGAGGAUUUUAUAAUAAAAUGAACACCAUGAAA